AGAUGUUCCAAAUGCGCUUGAUUUACGUUUCGUUUGAUGUUGGACCAAUAACCCAUGUGGGGAUGGAGACGCAUUGUCUAUUAAUGAGACAUGUGCUUUAGACGCGCACUCCAGAAUGCAGCCGAACGGGUCCAAAUCGAGGACUUUCUUUUUAUCCUGCCGUACGACACACGGCUCUUGGAAACCGACAUAAGCGUAAGAAGUGUUUGCGCAGGUCAACAGACGAAUCUGGCCAGUCGAAGAGAGAGAGAGAGAGAGAUUUUAUACAUCAACGAGACACACAUUUCUUUAAAAUAUUAUAUGGCGGUUCCAUUCGUAUCUUUUGAAAACGGCUUACGGUGUUGAUCGUGAACCACCCCAUGCUUUUGGUGCGAACAAGUUUGUUAUGCAGCAUUGCGGACAUUUCAAACAUUGCUUAUUUCUGCCCAACAAUAUGUCCUCAAGUGUCCUCUGCACUUCGGAUCUGAUUACAACACCAGGAACACCUUUGUGCAAAGGGGGGAGGUAUCUCUAGCGCCCAUCGUUAGAUAACUGGGUAGUUUAUUUCGGGUACCGAAGGACACAACAACGCUCUGGUGGUGCAUCUAAAGCCGCUGGUGGGUCGUUAAGUGGUACACCAGCAAAAUAGACCACGGAUUCACACACCAGUGCAUCAUAAUUUUGUCCUUUCUUCUCCAUUCGCAUACAAUACACGCACAGCUUGAUCCAGCAGCAGCAAGCACUACUUCCUGCGCGUAUCGAAGUUCUACAAUCUGGCUGAAUCUAUCCUGUUCCACGUUUUCUCUCUUUCACGCUAUACUACUCUUUAUCCCUUCCACUAUUGUUCGGUUAAAGAUUUCCUGUACGGGUACUAACGACCAGGAAUGUACUGAAAAAGGGAUAACAAAUUUAAAGCGACUAAUGAGACCGACUGGGACACACUCACAGUGUAUCCCACACACAAACACACCCAGGCAAGAUACAGAAGGAAGAACCACUGCAGUGGCUGCCGAUGAUGGGCCGCAGAAGAUGAGAGAUCAAGGACACUCGAGGAACAAAAGAAGCGAACCAAACAAGAAGGAGGAGGGAAAAAUCGUUGGAGGAAAUCAGAGGACGUGAAAAAUUGGCGCACCCACAACCCGGGUGUGUGUGUGUGUAUGUGUGGAGUUGGACGAAGGAUAAAAGUGUCCUUUGCCUCGCACCGUCUUCGCCUGUUAGAAGAAAUCUAUUUAAGAGCAACCGGGACCAGAUAAACGGUUCAGUUCAUCGUUUUAUCCCGGUCGUGAAUGAUCGCGCUUUCUGUCGGUCUUGCGUGUAGGUAUUUGUGUGUGUGUGUUUGUGUGUGUGCAUGUAUGUGUCGUGACAAACACGAGUCCCGUCCAGUCCAUAGUUAACUUGCAUAACCGUUAAACCUUUGAUCGUGAAACUACCCGCUAAUGAUCAGUGAUCGGUGGGUGUGCUGCCGGUGGUGGAAUUAUCGUAUCGGUAAUGCUUUAAAUCAGUGUGAAAAAAUCGUUGAAAUGUUCAGAUAAUGAACACCGAUUCACUUCUAACUGGUUGACGACCCCCCCUUUUAAACCCUACGAGCGAACGUUGCCGUUGAACCAAAACCGUGCAGAAGUGUGACAGAGGCGGGACAGUUUGCAACCGCAAUAAUUUCCACGUGUGUGAAAGGAUAACUUGCGACGAAUAAUCUUCUUUUUGCACCUUUUAAGCCAGCAAAACUAGACAAGGACAUGCUGGUGCAAUAUGCGAUAAGUGGACUGCUAGUGAUGGUGGGACAAUGCAUCCGAGAAAUCAAUGGCGAGUAUCAAACAAGUCUCACCUUCAACGAAAUCCUGCCCGAGGAUCCGAAGCUGUACGAUAAAAUGCGACCACCGAAGAAGGAAGGCCAGCCGACGAGUGUUGCCUUCCACGUGACCGUGAUGGGGUUGGAUUCGAUCGAUGAAAACUCGAUGACCUACGCGGCCGACAUCUUUUUCGCACAAACGUGGAAGGAUCAUCGGUUACGGUUGCCAGAAAACAUGACGUCCGAGUACCGGCUGUUAGAGGUGGACUGGCUGAAGAACAUGUGGCGGCCGGAUUCGUUCUUCAAGAAUGCGAAAUCGGUCACCUUCCAGACGAUGACGAUCCCGAAUCACUACAUUUGGCUGUACAAGGAUAAAACGAUCCUGUACAUGGUGAAGCUGACCCUGAAGCUGUCCUGUGCGAUGAAUUUUCUGAUCUAUCCGCACGACACGCAGGAAUGUAAGCUGCAGAUGGAAAGCUUGUCACACACGACAGACGACUUAGUUUUCCAGUGGGACGAAGAGGUACCGUUGGUUGUGGACGAACACAUUGAGCUGCCACAGCUGGCAUUGGUGAAAAACUAUACGGCGGACUGCACGCAGGUAUACUCGACUGGGAAUUUCACCUGUCUAGAGGUGGUGUUCGUGCUGAAGCGACGUCUCGGUUACUACCUGUUCCACACUUACAUCCCAACCUGUUUGAUCGUCAUUAUGUCGUGGGUUUCGUUCUGGAUCAAACCGGAAGCUGCACCGGCACGGGUUACGCUAGGCGUAACGUCCCUGCUCACACUCAGCACCCAGCACGCCAAAUCACAAGCUUCUUUACCGCCCGUAUCUUACCUAAAGGCGGUCGACGCAUUCAUGUCCGUCUGUACCGUGUUUGUGUUUAUGGCCCUGAUGGAGUACUGUCUGGUUAACAUUGUGCUCGGUGAUUCCGAUCCUCCGACACCGAAACCCCAUCCACCGAAGAUGGACAAAUUUUUCGACUUUACCGCCAAAAAUGGCAAGCGCAACAGUAAGUCGCAUGAGCAUACGCACGAAAUACCGAUCACCACGUUUCAGCGGCAGGAAAGCACACUGCUGCUAUCGCCGGUACCACACAUCCAGACGAUUCCACCGCCCCCCUGUAAACCGGCGUCAGCCAUACCGAAGCUAACACCGGCCCAGAUGCGGCUGAAGCGAGCGAUCAACAUCGAUCGGUUUUCACGCAUGUUUUUCCCGUUUCUGUUCACGCUGCUAAACGUCACGUACUGGAUCAUGUUCUACGAGUAUAUUUAAGCACAUACAUUCAUUAAGUAGUAGUAGCCUAUGAAAGCAGGGCAACGAGCAUUUCUUUUCAUUUGUUAUUUCAUUCCUCGAUAGAAAGAGAGAGAGAGAGAAAAAAAAACAGUCCCUUUUUAGCUGUACGGAAAGAGAAAAUAUUUAAUUAAAACUAGCUUAGAAAGGUACAACCUUAUGGAAACAGAGAAAGAGAGAUGAAAAACAUGUAAAUUUUACAAAACACCGUACGCCUCCACGACAACGAUUUCAAAUGCAGGAAGCAAAGUUUGGAUAAACGUUAAAGCAAAUGAGAGAUGAUUCGGAAUGUUAUGCGAAGCAAUGGUCCGAGAUGUGAACAUUCAUGCCAGUGUAAUUUAUGGAAUUAGUAUAGGACAGUGCAAUUGCUACACUUAAGCAACCCUUUUUCAAAUUAUGCAAUUACUUGUGUAUUCUACGAUUAGAGAAUGAAUGCUAACCAAUAGUUUAGCGUAAUAGUUUGUAAACCAGUCGGUAACCGUUAGCCACUGCAUGUUUUCUUAUGUUGAGCGGAAUAAAAAUAAUUGUGUACAAAGCAAGAAACGUGAAACGCGAAUGAGAUAACAUUUCUAGUAGGCAAACAGUUAAUUAAUAAUUUAGUUGUAAACAUCAUGAACAUAAUACGCUACUAACAAUUUCACAGUAAAUAAAGGUUAGAAGAGUUGUAUGCUCUUAAAAA